AUGAAAAUCUUUAAGUGCAAAUAUUUAAAUCAUGAAAAUGAAGAUAUAAUUGGAUUUUGCAUAAAUAAGAAUUGUUAGAAAGCAACUUAAUAUUGUUAUUAAUGCAUAACUUAGAAUCAUUCAGAUCAUAUUAAAGAUUGUAUUAGAUUUGUCACAAUGAGUGAAUAGAUCAACUAAUUCAAAUAAGUUUACAAAGAAUAAAAAAUAUAAAUCAAAGGAAUCAUCAUUCAAAUAAAGAAUUGUUUUGAAGAGAUUAUUAAAUAAAUGGAACAAGAAUAUACAAAAUUAGAAGUUAUGAAUCAAAACCUUUUAAACCAAGAUUAUUUAACUUUUAAAUCACAAAUUAACUUAAUCAAAUAGUUUUACUCAAAGGAGAAAGAAAAACAGAUUUGUAUAUGUUUGAAUAUAUUUUAUAGAAAAAUAGANAUAUAUGUCCAGAUAUAGUUGUUCAAUUUAGAGAUCCUAAAUAUCAAGGAGGAGAAGUUAAAAUGUAUUAAACCUCUUAAUCCUGCUUAAGUAGUUUUUAAGUAAAUAUUAAUUACCAAUUAGUUUCCAAAAUAUCGAAAACCAGCAUGA